AUGGCGCUGCUCGUGCGCCUCAAGGCGGUGACCGGGCUGCGGGGCAAGGGGGACCGGCUCGCCAAGGCGGCGUUCAGAGGUCUCUCCUUCUACACCCGAGUACUGGAAAACUGCGAGGAUGAGGCCAGGUUUGAUGAGACCUUCCGGUGGCCGAUCGCCAGCAAUAUUGACGGCAACGAGAUGCUGGAGAUCCAGGUGUUCAACUACAGCAAAGUCUUCACCAACAGACUCAUCGGCACGUUCCGGAUGGUGCUGCAGAAGGUGGUGGAGGAAGGCCAGCUGGAGGUGACGGACACGUUAAUAGACGACAAUAACUCUGCCAUUCAGACCAGCGUCUCCAUAGAGAUCAGGUACCAGGCCAUGGAUGGCACCGUGGGCACCUGGAAUGAUGGGGAAUUUCUGGAGAGUCCUAACUCCCGGUCGGAGGGUGAAGGCCCCUUGGAGACAGAAAGCCUGCUCCCCGGGCACCGGCAGGGCUCUGCGGUGUCUUCUGGCAAAUCCAACCCCAGCCUGAAACCGGCAGAGAGGAACUUCAGGAGCAAAGGCAAAGAGAAGACGAAAAGGGGCAAAGACGGCGAGCACAGAGCUGGGAAAGGAGUCUUUUCCGCCAUGAAGCUGGGCAAGAUCCGGCCCCCAAAGGAGGACCCUCACCGAAAGCAAGAUGAACCUGCCAUUCUGGAGACAGAAGACCUGGACCGGAAAGCCAUGCGGCUCGGAGGAGGCCUCGACCCAGACACCAUUUCUCUGGCUUCGGUCACAGCUGUUACCACCAACGUGUCGAAUAAGAGGUCAAAGCCUGACAUUAAAAUGGAGCCCAGUGCUGGCCGGCCAAUGGAUUACCAAGUGAGCAUCACAGUCAUCGAGGCCCGGCAGCUGGUGGGGCUGAACAUGGACCCCGUGGUGUGCGUGGAGGUGGGGGAAGAGAAGAAAUACACAUCCAUGAAGGAGUCAACCAACUGCCCCUACUACAACGAGUACUUCGUCUUUGAUUUCCACGUGCCCCCGGACGUCAUGUUCGACAAAAUCAUCAAACUGUCGGUCAUCCACUCUAAGAACCUCUUGCGCAGUGGGACCUUGGUGGGCUCCUUCAAAAUGGAUGUUGGGACUGUUUACACGCAGCCUGAGCACCAGUUCUACCACAAAUGGGCCAUCCUGUCCGACCCCGAGGACAUCACGGCCGGCGUGAAAGGGUACCUGAAGUGUGACGUCGCUGUGGUGGGGAAAGGGGACAACAUAAAGACGCCGCACAAAGCCAACGAGACAGAUGAGGACGACAUCGAGGGGAACCUGCUUCUUCCAGAUGGCGUCCCUCCAGAGCGGCAGUGGGCCCGUUUCUACAUCAAGAUCUACCGUGCGGAGGGGCUGCCCCGCAUGAACACCAGCCUCAUGGCCAACGUGAAGAAGGCACUUAUUGGGGAGAACAAGGAUCUGGUAGACCCCUACGUCCAGGUGCUGUUUGCAGGGCAGAAGGGGAAAACGUCAGUGCAGAAAAGCAGCUAUGAGCCCCUGUGGAACGAGCAGGUCAUCUUCACGGAGAUGUUCCCCCCUCUGUGCAAGCGGCUCAAAGUCCAGAUCCGGGACUCGGACAAGGUCAAUGACAUGGCCAUCGGCACCCACUUCAUCGACCUGCGCAAGAUCUCCAACGAAGGGGACAAAGGCUUCCUGCCCACCUUCGGCCCAGCCUGGGUGAACAUGUAUGGCUCCACCCGGAACUACACCCUGAUGGACGAGCACCAGGACCUGAACGAAGGCCUGGGCGAGGGCGUCUCCUUCCGCGCCCGGCUCCUCCUCAGCCUUGCUGUGGAGAUCCUGGACACCAGCAACCCAGAGAUCACCAGCUCCACCGAGGUGCAAGUGGAACAGACCACGCCGGUCGCUGACAACUGCACUGGCAAAAUGGAAGAGUUCUUUCUCUUUGGAGCCUUCCUGGAGGCAACCAUGAUUGACAGGAAGAUCGGGGACAAACCCAUCAACUUUGAGGUCACAAUAGGCAACUACGGGAACCAGAUCGACGGCAUGGCCAAGCCCAGCCUGAAGAAGAAGAAGGAGGGCGGGGAUGGCGAGCAGGAGGACUCCGAGCUGCUCCAGCACUCGAGCGAGGACGAAGCCGAUGACGACGGGGAGCUGGUCUCCGUCUCCUCGACUCAGCCAAUGAAGCCCCUGAUCACUGACAGGAACUACUUCCACUUGCCGUACUUCGAGAAGAAGCCCUGCAUCUACAUCAAGAGCUGGUGGCAGGACCAGAGGCGGAGGCUCUACAACGCCAACAUCAUGGACAAGAUCGCGGACAAGCUGGAGGAGGGGCUCAACGACGUGCAGGAGAUGAUCAAGACCGAGAAGCCGCACCCUGAGCGCCGGCUCCGAGGGGUCCUGGAGGAGCUGAGCAGCGGAUGCUUCCGCUUUGUGACCCUCGCCAACAAAGACCAGAGCCUCUCUGCCCGGACCCGACUGGACCGAGAGCGGCUCAAAUCCUGCAUGCGGGAGCUGGAGAACAUGGGCCAGCAAGCCAAGACCCUGCGGUCGCAGGUGAAGAAGAACACGAUGCGGGACAAGCUGAAGCUGGUGCAGAACUUCCUGCAGAAGCUCCGCUUCCUGGCAGACGAGCCACAGCACAGCAUCCCCGACAUCUUCAUCUGGAUGAUGAGCAACGGCAAGCGCAUCGCCUACGCCCGCAUCCCCUCCAAGGACAUCCUGUACUCCAUCGUGGACGAGGAGACCGGCAAGGACUGCGCCAAAGUGAAGACCGUCUUCCUGAGGCUGCCCGGGAAGAGGGGCUUCGGGCCGGCCGGCUGGACGGUGCAGGCCAAGAUGGAGAUCUACCUGUGGCUGGGCCUCACCAAGCAGCGCAAGGACUUCCUGAGCGGCCUGCCCUGCGGCUUCGAGGAGAAGAAAGCCAGCAAGGGCCUCGGCCUCCAGGCCUUCCCGCCCAUCAGCCUCCUCUACACGAAGAAGCAGGUGUUCCAGCUCCGAGCCCACAUGUACCAGGCCAGGAGCUUGUUCGCCGCAGACAGCAGUGGCCUCUCUGACCCCUUUGCCCGGGUUUUCUUCAUCACCCAGGGCCAGUGCACGGAGGUGCUCAACGAGACGCUGUGCCCGACCUGGGACCAGCUGCUGGUCUUCGACAACCUGGAGCUCUACGGGGAAGCCCACGAGAUGCGGGACGACCCCCCCAUUAUCGUCAUUGAGAUCUACGACCAGGACACGGUGGGCAAGGCGGACUUCAUGGGCCGCACCUUUGCCAAGCCGGUGGUGAAGAUGUCGGACGAGGACUAUGGCCCCCCGCGCUUCCCGCCCCAGCUGGAGUACUACCAGAUCUACCGGGGCAACUCCACGGCCGGGGACCUGCUGGCGGCCUUCGAGCUGCUCCAGAUCGGCCCGGCUGGCAAGUCGGACCUGCCUCCGAUCGAUGGGCCGACGGACACGGAGCAGGGUCCCAUCCUGCCGGUGCCCCUGGGGAUCCGACCUGUGCUGAGUAAAUACAGAGUGGAGAUCCUGUUCUGGGGCCUGCGGGACCUGAAGCGGGUGAACCUGGCCCAGGUGGACCGGCCCCGGGUGGACAUCGAGUGCGCCGGCAAGAGCGUCCAGUCGGCCCUGAUCCAGAACUACAAGAAAAACCCCAACUUCAGCACCCUGGUCAAGUGGUUUGAAGUGGACCUCCCAGAGAACGAGCUGCUCCACCCACCCCUGAACAUCCGGGUGGUGGACUGCCGGGCCUUUGGCCGGUACACGCUGGUGGGCUCCCACGCCGUCAGCUCCCUGCGGAGGUUCAUCCACCGGCCCCCGGACAAGAAAUCCCAGCACUGGAGCACUGCAGCUAAACUGCUCAACGGCUAUUUGGCCCUGGCCAACGGAGGCCCAUACUAUCGUCCCCCAGGUGACAUUGUCAUCAACAUGGAACCGGACGUGCCCAUCAAGAAGAUGGAGACCAUGGUGAAGCUGGAGGCUAACUCGGACGCGGUGGUGAAGGUUGACGUGUCAGAAGAGGAGAAGGAAAAGAAAAAGAAGAAGAAGAAAGGAGGGGGAGAGGAGAUCGAGGAGGAGGAGCCAGACGAAAGCAUGCUGGACUGGUGGUCCAAGUACUUUGCUUCCAUUGAGACUAUGAAGGAGCAACUCCGGCAGCAGGAAGCGGCCGCAGCAGAAGCCGAGGAGAAGGAGGAACUGGAGAUUGCAGAGGAAAUCAAACUUGAUGACUCUCCUAUGAAAGGCUCCAAGGGCCAGGCAAAGACCAAGGAGAAAGUCAAGGCGCCCAAAGAGGACAAGAAGAAGAAGCAGCAACAGCCACCUGAGGCCCCCGAGAAGAAGAGCAAACAGAAGAUUGACGAACUGAAGGUCUACAACAAAGAGCUGGAAAUGGAGUUCGACAGCUUUGAAGACUGGCUGCACACGUUCAGCCUCUUCCGGGGCAAGAUCGGGGACAACGACGACACCACGACGGAGGAAGAGCGGAUCGUGGGCCGGUUCAAGGGCUCCAUGUGUGUUUACAAAGUGCCGCUUCCCGACGACAUCACCAAGGAGGCAGGAUACGACCCCAACUUCGGCAUGUUCCAGGGCAUUCCAAGCAAUGACCCCAUCAACGUGCUGGUCCGAGUGUACAUCGUGAGGGCCACCGACCUGCACCCAGCCGACAUCAACGGGAAAGCUGAUCCCUACAUCGCCAUCAAGCUGGGCAAGACAGACAUCAGAGACAAGGAGAGCUACAUCUCCAAGCAGCUCAACCCCAUCUUCGGGAAGUCGUUCGACAUUGAGGCCACCUUCCCCAUGGAGUCCAUGCUGACGGUGGCCGUGUACGACUGGGACCUGGUGGGUUCUGACGACCUGAUCGGGGAGACCAAGAUCGACCUGGAGAACCGAUACUACAGCAAGCACCGGGCCACCUGCGGCAUCUCACAGACCUACUCCACCCACGGCUACAACACGUGGCGGGACCCCGGGAAGCCCACGCAGAUCCUCGCCAAGCUGUGCAGAGAGGGCAAGGUGGACGGGCCCCACUACGGCCCCAGAGGGCGGGUGAAAGUCGCCAACCGGGUCUUCACCGGCCCCAGGGAGAUGGAGGAUGAAAACGGUCAGAAGAAGCAGACGGACGAGCACCUGGCCCUGGCGGUGCUGCGCCACUGGGAGGAGAUCCCCCGGGUGGGCUGCAAGCUCGUCCCAGAGCACGUGGAGACGCGGCCGCUGCUGAAUCCCGACAAGCCCGGCAUCGAACAGGGCCGGCUGGAGAUGUGGGUGGACAUGUUCCCCAUGGAUAUGCCGGCACCUGGCCCCGCCAUCGACAUCUCUCCCAGGAAGCCGAAGAGAUAUGAGCUUAGAGUGAUAGUGUGGAACACAGAUGAGGUAACCCUGGAGGACGAUGAUUUCUUCACUGGGGAGAAAUCCAGUGACAUUUUUGUCAGGGGGUGGCUGAAGGGCCAGCAGGAGGACAAGCAGGACACGGACGUGCACUACCACUCGCUCACGGGCGAGGGCAACUUCAACUGGCGCUACGUCUUCCCCUUCGACUACCUGAUGGCGGAGGAGAAGAUCGUCAUCUCCAAGAAGGAGUCCAUGUUCUCCUGGGACGAGACCGAGUACAAGAUCCCGGCGCGCCUCACCCUGCAAGUCUGGGACGCCGACCACUUCUCUGCUGACGACUUCCUGGGGGCCAUCGAGCUGGACCUGAACCGCUUCCCGCGCGGUGCCAAGACGGCGAAGCAGUGCAGCAUGGACAUGGUGACCAACGAGGGCGACCUGCCCCUGGUCUCCAUCUUCAAGCAGAAGAGGGUGAAGGGCUGGUGGCCCUUUGUGGCCAGGAAUGAGAACGACGAGCUGGAGCUCACGGGCAAGGUGGAGGCUGAGCUGCACCUGCUGACCGCGGAGGAGGCGGAGAAAUCCCCCGCGGGGCUGGCCCGCAACGAGCCCGACCCGCUGGAGAAACCCAAUCGCCCCGACACCUCCUUCAUCUGGUUCCUCAACCCGCUCAAGUCCAUCAAGUACCUCAUCUGCACCCGCUACAAGUGGCUCAUCAUUAAGAUCGUGCUGGCGCUGCUGCUCCUCAUCAUGGUGGGACUUUUCCUCUACUCCAUGCCCGGCUACAUGGUCAAGAAGCUGCUGGGCGCGUGAGGCCGCCCGGGGCCGGGGCCACGUACCCGCUCGCCACGCGCAGCGGCCCGGCUGGGGCGGCGCCGGGACUGGGCUUGGGGGAAGAGCCCGCGGCUUCUCCUUGUUUGCGUUUCCUUCUUGGCGGCUCCCUUUGGUGUAUUUCUCUCCUGAGGCUGGAGGGAAGGACGUUGGGCCAGGGGCGCCAGGCUCCCUCAGCGCUUUCUCUGGGUGAAUGCAGCUGAGCAGGGCGGCGAAUACAGGGCGGCCCACCUGGCUCUAGGAUUACCCCCCCCCCCCAAUACACAGCAAGAGCCUCUGAGCCGGGCCCGGUUCUGGCUCCCAGAGCCCCAGGAGGCCAGUCACCCAAGCUCACGGCUGGCCUGGCAAGGGGGGACAUGCGGCUCUGGUUUGUUCCAUGCCCUCCUGCCACCACGGCCAGCGCCGCCCUGGGGAGCAGGUGCCAGGGAGGACGGGGGCGUUGCACCCUGAGAGGUCACAUCAGAGGAGCCUGAGGAGAGGAACCGUGGGACGCUCCAGACAAGCAGCCCCCUCUGCUCGAGUCCCCCAACCCACAAUCCCAUGCUGGCUGGGCGGCUGCCCAUGACCAAAGCCCCCGGGCAGGGGUGACAGUCAGCCCGGAGGCGGUGGAGAAAGCAGCAGCAGAGCCGGGGAAACAUGCCCAGGCUGUGAGGAGGCAGCUCACCAGGCAGCCUGCCGUCAUCGUGUGGGGUGGGCCAAGACCCAGCCUGGGCCCGUUUUCCAGCCCCCUUUCCC